UCUAAUCUUGGCAACAUUUAUACAAGACUGGCAAAAAUAGGAGGCAUUUUGAUGAAGUGAGCUUUCGAUUCGGUGAUUUUCUUUCUCGAAUUUAAAUCAUCCAAAUGUUUUAUUUUUUUGUUCGUUAGUUGUUCUUGUUAUAUUAUCAACUUAUCCUUCUUUUUUUGGCUGUCAAAGUUUAACUGUGGUGAUAUAAAAAUUGAAUCUAUUGCAAAAUGGCUAAUGUUUCCUAUCAUAUUGCACAUCUUUUGGAGAAGAUGACCUCUAAUGACAAAGACUUCAGAUUCAUGGCAACCAAUGAUUUGAUGACCGAGUUACAAAAAGACAGUAUCAAGCUCGACGAUGACUCUGAAAGAAAAGUCGUGAAGAUGCUCCUCCGAUUGCUGGAAGAUAAGAAUGGUGAAGUUCAAAAUUUAGCUGUAAAAUGCUUGGGUCCAUUGGUAAAUAAAGUAAAGGAAUAUCAAGUGGAAGGCAUUGUGGACACACUAUGUGCAAAUAUGCUCUCAGACACGGAACAGCUCAGGGAUAUUAGCAGCAUUGGCCUAAAAACUGUUAUAUCAGAACUCCCUUUAGGAUCUAACACACUAGCUGCCAACGUUUGUAAGAAAAUUACUGGAAAAUUAAGCAGUGCUAUAGAAAAGCAAGAAGAUGUCUCCGUCCAAUUGGAGGCUUUGGAUAUCUUAGCAGAUUUACUAAGCCGAUUUGGUGGUCUGUUGAUAUCUUUCCAUCCUAUGCUACUAAAUUCAUUAUUGCCCCAACUCGCCUCUCCACGUCAGGCUGUCAGGAAGCGCACCAUUGUUGCCCUGUCACAUCUGGUGAUGUCAUGCAAUGCUUCACUUUACAACAAACUCAUAGAUCAUCUUCUGGAGGGUCUGAGUUCAUCUACAUCUUCCAAUGUUAGCCGCACUCAUAUACAGUGUAUUGCUUCUAUUUGUCGUCAAGCAGGACACAGAUUUGGCGAACAACUUUGGCGUGUGGCGCCGCAAGUUUUAGAAUACUCCACUGACGCAGACGAGGAGUUGCGUGAACAUUGCUUACAAGCACUCGAGGCAUUUGUACUCAAAUGUCCUAAGGAAGUGCAACCGCAUAUACCGACGAUAAUCGACCUCUGCCUCAAAAUGAUAACAUACGAUCCAAAUUACAACUACGAGGAUGAGGAAGCUGACGGCGACGGCGACGACGAGGAGAUGGAAGACGAGUCCUUCACACCCGAGGCGGAGCCCGAGUCUGACUCCGAGGAAUAUUCGGAUGAUGAUGAUAUGUCUUGGAAGGUCAGACGCGCUGCUGCGAAGUGCUUGGAAUCCGUAAUCUCAACGCGCCAUGAACUCCUCGCCGAAAUGUAUCAAACAGUGUCACCUGCUCUCAUUGCAAGAUUCAAAGAGCGCGAGGAAAAUGUAAAGUGCGAUAUUCUUAGCGCGUACACUUCGUUGUUGCGCGCCACUCGACCACCGCCUGCCUUGCAGAUGUCUGGAACUCCGGCCGAGAACUCGCCACAAGCCUUACUGCUGCAAAGGGUGGGAUGCGUGGUGCGCGGCGCGCUGCGCGUGAUCGCGGGCCGCAGCGUGCGCGCGCGCGGCGCGGCGCUGGCGCUGCUGCGCGAGCUGCUGGCCGCCGCGCCCGGCUGCCUCGCCGACCACGUCGCACGCGUGCUGCGCGCGCUCACGCCACCGCUCACUGACAAGAGCACGGCCUCGUCGAUGAAGAUCGAGACGCUGGUGUUCGUGUGGUGCCUGGUGCGCGGACACGGCGCGGCGGCGAUGCGGCCGCACGUGGCGGCUCUGCUGCCGGCCGUGCUGGCGUGCGUGCACGACCCCUUCUACAAGGUGACCGCGGAGGCGCUGCGCGUGCUGCAGGCGCUUGUCAAGGUCAUGCGGCCGCUCGACAAUGUGGAAGGCGUAGAGGGUGAAGAGCGCGUUCACUUGGAGCCGCCUCCAGAGGAGCUGCAGCAGUUCAUUCCGGCGAUGUACGAGUGUACGCUAGUGCGCCUGCGCGCCACUGACAUGGAUCAGGAAGUUAAGGAGCGCGCCAUUGCCACCUGCGGACAGCUGCUCUGCCACUUUGGUGACUAUUUACAGAAUGAGCUUCCUGUCUGUUUACCAAUACUUUUGGAGCGGUUACGUAACGAAAUCACGAGAUUAACGACUGUUAAAGCUUUGACUAAAAUAGCAUCAUCUCCCCUGCGGAUUGAUUUGAGACCCAUCUUGUCUGAUGCUGUUCCUAUACUUGGAUCUUUCUUAAGGAAAAAUCAGAGGGCACUGAAGCUUUCCACUCUAGUUUUGUUGGAUACUCUCAUCGAAAACUACAGUAACUCAAUUAGCAUAGAACUGCUGAGCAAGGUGGUGACAGAGGUGCCGGCGCUGGUGAGCGAGCAGGACCUGCACUGCGCGCAGACGGCGCUGUCGGUGGUGCGGCGCGCGUGCGAGCGCUGUCCCGCCGCGCUCACCGCCGACGCGAGGCACGCGCUCACGCCCAACGUGCUCGCGCUCGCCAAGUCGCCGCUGCUGCAGGGCGGCGCGCUGAAGGCGAUGUUGGGCGUGCUGCGUGCGCUGGUGGGCGCGGGCGUGGCGGGCUGCUCGCGGCACGAGCUGCUCGCGCUGCUGGUGGCGCCCGUGCACGCCGUGCACGACCACAACGCUACCGCGCAUCACAUCAAACAGGCGUUCCACUCGCUGGCGAAGUGUGUGGCGGCGGUGGUGGUGGCGGAGGGCUCGGAGACCGACGAAGCAGGCGAGGCGGUGCGUGGGUUCCUGCGCGACGCCGCGCACCCGCCUUCUGAUGCGCACCACAUGUUCGCGCUGCUAGCAUUAGCAGAAAUAGGAAGACAUUUAGAUUUAAGUUCCAUCCCUAACUUAAAAGAGGUGCUAUUGAACUCAUUCACUCCGUCAUCUGAAGAAGUGAAGUCUGCGGCGAGCUACGCGCUGGGCUCCGUCGCGGUGGGCAAUCUGCCCGAGUUCCUGCCCUUCAUAUUGGGCGAAAUUGAAGCGCAGCCCAAACGACAAUACCUACUGUUGCAUUCACUUAGAGAGAUCAUUGCAUGCGAGUCAUGUACCCCAGAGGGAGUUGAGGCCUUGAGACCUUUUAUCCCCGAAAUAUGGGUUCAGUUGUCAAAGCAUUGUCAAUGUGCAGAGGAAGGAUCGCGUAAUGUAGUUGCAGAAUGUUUAGGAAAAUUGUGUCUAUUAGAACCACAAGAAUUAUUGCCACAUUUAAAGGAGUUUUUGAAGUCUCCUGAACCACUCACACGGACAACUGCGGUCACUGCUGUCAAAUUCACUAUUUCAGAUCAGCCGCAAGCGAUCGACCCGUUGUUGCGCGGGUGCAUGGCGGAGCUGCUGGUGCCGCUGCGCGACCCGGCGCUGGGCGUGCGGCGCGUGGCGCUGGUCGCGUUCAACUCCGCCGCGCACAACAAGCCCUCGCUCGUGCGCGACCUGUUGCCGCACGUGCUGCCCACCAUCUACGCCGAGACCAAAGUCAAGAAAGAGCUUAUCCGCGAGGUGGAGAUGGGUCCAUUCAAGCACUCCGUAGACGACGGUUUGGACUUACGUAAAGCCGCGUUCGAGUGCAUGUACACGCUGCUGGGCACGUGCCUGGACCGGCUCGACGUGUUCGAGUUCCUGCGACACGUGGAGGACGGCCUGCGCGACCACUACGACAUCAAGAUGCUCACUUACCUCAUGUGCGCGAGACUCGCUCAGCUAUGCCCCGCUGUCGUUUUACAGAGGCUAGAAAGUUUAGUAGAACCACUUAGAGCAACUUGCACCAUGAAGGUAAAGGCUAAUUCUGUGAAGCAAGAAUACGAGAAGCAAGACGAAUUAAAAAGGUCGGCGUUACGUGCCGCCGCCGCACUAUUACAAAUACCAGAAGCAGACAAAAAUCCCCAUCUGAUGGACUUCGUGACCCAGAUCAAGUCGUUCCCAGAACUGCAGCCGAUCUUCGAGUCGAUCCUGAAGGACUCUAGCGGCGCCGCCAGCGUGGACUCGAACCUUAUGGACCAGAGCUAGCCACUGCACUCUCCCGCUCUCCGUUCCACACAAUACUUAUUCCGCAUUUACUCUAUGAGACAGCUAUUGAAGCGGCACCUAGUUUGGUUUGUCUUGGUAUAUUUUUGUCUCAAUUUUAUAAGAAAUGAUAUUAUUUUCGCUAUGUAAAUUGAAAUUCACCUAUAAUAUAAAUUCCAUAUGGCAUGAUUGAAAUAAAAUAGACUUUACAAUCAACAGAUUUAUUAUAGAACAAGAGAACUUAACUACAAACCAGUGAAUAGUACCUAACACAAAUUCUCGCAAUGCUCAAUCACUCGGGUAACUAAGGACUUUGGUAUAAAUGGACCGCCACGCUACGUAAUGUGGCGGUUUGGUGGCUGCGUUUUGGUAACUGUAGACAAAUAGUUUCAACGUCCAUAGUAAAGGUUCGGCAUUCGAUAAAAUCAACAGUUACACUAUAUUGAUAUGUAUUGUGAUAUUACAUGCUAUGUGGAAAAUCAUAGGAAAUUGGAUAAAUAUACUAUAAUGAAGCGAAAAA